AUGAACAAACAAGACGACUUUGAACUUGCUCCUAUUGACCCCGAGAUUGAACGUACUUUCAGAAAAAGGAGAAAGGCUCAAAAGGCUAAAAGCCGAGGCACUAUGGCUGAACAUGUUGAUGACGAAGGGGAUGCCCAGAAUGUAAUUAAUCCUAUUGUUUUGGAGAAUGAUAGAGCCAGAGCAAUACGGGAAUAUGCUGCCCCCAUGUUUAAUGAGCUCAAUCCAGGCAUUGUGAGGCCCGAAAUACAAGCACCUCAGUUUGAGCUCAAGCCGGUUAUGUUUCAAAUGCUCCAAACCAUGGGGCAGUUUAGUGGGAUGCUAACGGAAGAUCCUCAUCUCCACCUUCGUUCAUUUUUGGAGGUGAGCGAUUCUUUUAAGCUUCAAGGAGUAAGUGAAGAGGCGUUAAGGCUGAAGUUAUUCCCGUUCUCUUUAAGGCACCGAGCUAGAUCAUGGCUCAACACCCUUCCUUCCGAUUCCGUUGCAAAUUGGAAUGACUUGGCUGAGAAAUUUCUAAGAAAAUACUUCCCUCCCACCAGAAAUACAAAGUUCAGAAGCGAAAUUAUGUCUUUUCAGCAGCUUGAAGACGAAUCCACUAGUGAUGCGUGGGAAAGAUUUAAAGAGCUUUUGAGAAAAUGUCCACACCACGGCAUACCACAUUGUAUACAAAUGGAGACGUUCUACAAUGGUCUCAAUGCAGCCUCUCAGAUGGUAUUAGACACCUCAGCCAAUGGUGCCAUUCUUUCCAAAGCUCCUACAAGUAGAAAGGUGGCAGGAGUUCUUGAAGUAGAUGCCUUAACGGCUUUAACAGCUCAAAUGGCCUCAAUGACCAACAUUUUGAAGAAUUUGAGUUUGGGAGGAAACAUUCAGCCAGCUGCUGCCAUUCAAAGUGGAGACAUCUCAUGUGUUUAUUGUGGAGAUGGUCACACAUUUGAGAACUGUCUUUCAAAUCCAGCUGCGGUUUGUUAUGUGGGUAACCAAAAUUUCAACCGCAACAACAACCCAUACUCAAAUUCUUAUAACCCAGCGUGGAGGCAGCAUCCGAAUCAGUCAUGGGGGGGUCAAGGAGCAAGUUCAAGUGGAGCGCCACCACAAGGGAAACAGUCAUUUCCGCCAGGUUUUUCUCAACAGCCAAGGGCUCAGCAACCUCACCAAUCUCAAGGCUCUCAAUCUAGUUCUUUGGAGAGUUUAAUGAGGGAUUAUAUGGCAAAGAAUGAUGCUGUGAUUCAGAGCCAAGCAGCGUCUCUUCGUAAUCUGGAAAUUCAGUUGGGGCACCUGGCUAAUGAUCUGAAAAAUAGGCCACAAGGUUCUUUGCCUAGUGACACUGAGAAUCCGAGGAGGCAUGGUAAAGAACAUUGCAAAGUAAUUAAUUUACGAAGUGAGAAAAUUCUGGAAAAUGAUGAUGAGAAAACAAAAGGCAGCAGGGAGCCCACUUCAAUCCAAACUGAAGGGGAAACGAGUAAAAAAUCAGCAAGUUCAGCUGCUGAAAUUGGCCCAGUUGAUACAGCAUCGGGUCAGCAUUUUGUUACGGAAAAGACUUUGCAUAAGCCACCUCCACCAUUUCCGCAACGUUUUAAAAAACAGCAGCAAGAUGGGCAGUUCAGGAAGUUUCUGGAAUUAUUGAAACAGCUCCAUAUCAAUAUUCCUUUGGUGGAAGCAUUGGAGCAAAUGCCAAAUUAUGUAAAGUUUUUGAAGGACAUUUUGACUAAGAAAAGGAGACUUGGUGAGUUUGAAACGGUGGCCUUGACGGAAGGCUGUAGUGCCAUGUUGAAGAGUAAAAUUCCUCCUAAGUUGAAGGAUCCUGGUAGCUUUACAAUUCCUUGCUCUAUUGGUGGAAGAGAUAUGGGUAGAGCUUUAUGUGACUUGGGAGCUAGUAUUAACUUGAUGCCUAUGUCUAUUUUUAAGAAGUUGGGAAUUGGAGAAGUGAGGCCAACUACAGUCACUUUGCAAUUGGCAGAUCUUUCUAUGGCACACCCGGAAGGAAAAAUUGAAGAUGUUCUAGUGCAAGUUGAUAAGUUCAUUUUUCCGGCCGAUUUCAUCAUUCUUGAUUAUGAAGUGGAUAGAGAUGUUCCCAUUAUCUUGGGUAGGCCAUUUCUAGCUACUGGGAGGACCUUAAUUGACGUGGAAAAAGGGGAGCUCACAAUGAGAGCUCAAGAAGAACAGGUAACUUUCAAGGUAUUCAAUCCUAUACGUUCUCCAGAUGAAGUAGGAGAUUGUUUAGCCAUCACUGUCAAGAACUCUAAUAUGGAGGAAGAGGUACCCACAAGGUAUAGCAAGAGAAUUAGAGCUAAAUCAAAUUAUUCAUUGUGGGUUAAAAAAAUACAUUUUGGGUGA